ACAGGACUUUUCAUUACAGAAUUUAAAAUAGAAGUUGCUGUGGUUUUGUGUGUGGGGUUGUUUGGUUAGGGUUUUUUUUUAAACGUGAGGUUCAUGUCAGUUUAUAGCAGUUCAUAUGCAACAACAUCUCAGUAAAGUUAGCUUCUCAACAGUUCUUAGCUUGCAAUGAAAUACCUAAAUGUGAACCAUACUUAAAAGUGAAAUAUGUUCUAGAUGCCAGCUUUUACUCAGUUUCUUUUAUUAGCUUAAGGAGUUUACCAGAACAAAGGAUGUGUCAAGCUGAAUAGUUUGCAGAGAAGAUACAUAGAUCUUUUAGACUACAAGUCAGUAAACUUUGCUUACGCAGCUGGCUCCAUUCAUUCUCUGAAGCCAAUCACUUCCUCUGUGGUGGCUGAUAAGAAUUUAACAGUUUGAGAAGGUGGAGUGUCAGCAUCCUUAGUACUGACCACUUUCCCAGGCAUAUCAGUAGCCUCUGUCCAUCACUCAUGCUGGAAGAUACUGGGAAAAGGAGAAAUAGAAAUUGGGGAAGGGAAAUAAUGCAUCAUCAUCCUGGCUGGAAUGUACAGAAGACUUUAUGCUGUUUUCAUCAUGUGGAUUCACUAGAGAAAUGACCCCUUUUGAUCAGCCAAAUCAAAUCAAAAACUUAUUUAUUUGCUGCCUGUGGCCCUCACAGCUGCUGAGGGUCUGGACUUGCAGGCGCCCAAGGACAAGGAGGAAUCUGCUAGUGGGCACUGCCUGUGUGAUCUACCUGGGAUUCCUUGUCAGCCAAGUGGGUCAUGUUUUACCACAGCACAAAGGAGGACAUCGAAAGAUCAGUUCCAGGAGUCUCCAAGAUGCAGCUCAAACUCCUUUUCUGGGCAUCCCACUGGAUGGCACCCUGUCACCACCCAAUUUCCAGGAACCCCAGCUUGGUAGCAAUGGGACCUUGCUGCCACCCAAUGUAGUUUAUAUUACGCUGCGGUCCAAGCGCAGCAAGCCUGCCAACAUCAGAGGCACAGUGAAGCCAAAGCGAAGGAAGAAAAAUGCAAUCCCUUUGUCCUAUGGGCAGCAUUUUCCAAAAGCCACUUUUAUGGGCUGGGAAGAGGCCUUUGCCCAGCAGCCAUGGCGGGCCACACGUGCCUCAGGCACAAAGGGAGCAGUGAUCGCCGUGGAGGCAAGAAAGUACCAACUGGAUGAACACAGACAUAAAGGAAUGGCUAUCAGGGAGAGAGGUCAUCAGAGACCUGGGAGGAUUUCUGGAGCUGUAAAGGCACAGCUCCAGCCUGAGGAAAGCAAUAUCAGGAUUUACAGCGAGAGCCCUCCCUCAUGGAUGAGCAAAGAUGACAUCCUAAACAUGCGCAUGCUGGCAGACUCUCCCAUAGAGAGCAUUCAAGAAGUCCCUUCACACAAAGCUGUCCUGGCAGUAUUUGCAAGUGGUCCCAGCACUACGGGAACUGCUUGUAAUCAGGGACACUGUGGAAUUGUCAAAAGACCUCUCGACAUGAGUGAGGUGUUUGCCUUUCAUUUGGACAGGAUCUUGGGGCUAAACAGGAGCUUACCUUCUGUAAGCAGGAGAUCAGAGUUCUUCCAAGGUGGUCAGGCCUGUCCUGUUAUUCUCUGGGAUUCCUCACUGAGUCCAACAGAUAAUAGUACCCAUUCUUCAGUGAGGUUAACAUGGGGACAAUAUCAACAGCUAUUGAAGAAGAAAUGCUGGCAGAAUGGUAAAGUUCCCAAAGCUGAGUGGGGCUGUACUGAAAUUCAUCAUCAUGAAUGGUCCAAGAUGGCACUCUUUGAUUUCCUGUUGCAGAUCUAUAAUCGACUAGACAGAAAUUGUUGUGGAUUCAAACCUCUCAAGGAGGAUUCCUGCAUGCAGCAAGGACUGAAGCUGAAGUGCAAUGAUCAGGAUGCUGUUGACCUGACACACAUAGUUCAGAGAAGGCAUGACCAAAGGCACUUGGCCUUUAUAGACAAUAAGGGUUUCUUUGACAGAAAUGAGGACAAUCUUGACUUCAAAAUACUACAAGGAAUCAAUGAAUUCCCUGCAUCUGCAGUUUCAGUGCUGAGGAGCCAGCAUUUACGUGAGAAGUUGCUCCAGUCUUUGUUCCUUGACAAAAUAUACUGGGAGAGCCAAGGAGGCCGAAAAGGAAUUGAAAAGCUUAUUGAUGUAAUAGAAAGGCGGUCCAAAAUUCUUCUUACUUAUAUAAAUGCACAUGGAGCCAAAGUAUUGCCCAUGAAUGAAUGAAACAGUCUUGUUUCCAUCUGAGAGAAAGUCUUUACAAAAUGUUUUAUGGGGCAGAAACUAACGGUAAAAUUUAUUUAAUUCAUAGCAUUAUUUUUUCCCAAACUUCCAAGUUUACUUUUAAAUAAGAAAUCUUACAUGGUUUAAAAACAACAUUUAAGUGUCAGCUGCAGCUCAACACAGUGUAGUCUCUUUUAUGUCACCAGUGAAAUGAAAAAUAACCAAAUUAUAAUAUGCAGUAAUAUGUAGGUAGCAUGAACACUCUUUCUAUUGAAGUGUUUGGAAAUUAGCAACAGGAUUUUCAGUAUGUUAGGCUGGAUUGCUUUUACUUCCCUCAUUGAAGUCAGUAGAUUUUAUUGCAAGUUUAAAUGGGAAAAAAGAUGUGUAAGCACUUGAUACAUUGAUAACACUUGCUGAAACAUAUAUAAUAUAGGAAUUUGUUCUUUUAUUAGGUAUUCUAAAAUGCCAACAUUUCCAAGGGCUUCUUUUACUUUAUUUUAUUUUAGAUCUUUUGAAGUAUGAGAACUAAAUUCAGUUCUUUUAGAUGCAGGAGUGUUUGUGCUGGACAUGAGGGAAUUUUAAAAACAGAGUGAGGAGAACAUGGCUUUAGCAAUAAUAAUUAUUUUGACAAAUACAGUUUUUACUUGUCCACUAUGGAGUACAAUUAAUCAUGAGUUACAUUGCAAUGUAUUUUUUUCAAUGCAAAUUGUCCCAAUGUGGGGGUGGAUGAUCUGAUAUUUUCUGUUUAAUGAUUAACUGUGGAUUAAAAAAAAAAA